UUAAUUCAUGGAAUGAUGUAUUUAAUGGUUGGAUGAGCUAUUGUUCGCUACGCAAAACCAUAUUCUUGUUUACAAGCUUUUACUUUAAUUCACUUCACCUGUGUUUUUCUUGACCUGAAUCCAAGUAAUGGCGGAACGAGUCCUCUUUAAUAUUGCAGGAGGGAUCAUUGGAAGGCUAGGCUCUCUUGCUUUCCAAAAGAUUGGAUUCAUUUGGGGUGUUCAAGAUGAGCUCCAGAAGCUUGAGGAGAUAGUUACCGGAUUGCAAGCUGUUCUUCUUGAUGCUGAGCAACAGCAAGCCAACAAUGAAGUCAAAUUGUGGCUCCAAGGCGUAGAAGACGCUAUUUAUGAAGCCGAUGACGUGCUGGAUGAGUUUAAUACUGAAGCUCUACGAAGACAAAUGGUGCUGGGAAAUACUAAGUUGUCAAAAAUGGUUAGUGUCUUCUUCUCUAGCUCAAAUCAAUUUGUUUUUGGACGAAAGAUGGGUCGUAAGAUAAAAGAUAUUAACGAGAGGCUUCGUGUGGUUGAAUCUCGUAGACCUUCUCAGCUAGAAGUAAAUCGUGAUGAUGCACGACUUAUAACUAGAGGGAGGGUCACUCACUCAUUUGUCCCUAAGCAAAAUAUUAUAGGGAGAGAUGAAGAUAAAAAUGCAAUUAUUCAACUUUUGUUGCAUCCCAUCUCAACUGAGCAUGUGUCAACUAUUUCCAUAGUUGGAAUUGGAGGGUUAGGGAAAACUGCACUUUCCCAACUCAUAUUCAACGAUGACGUGGUUCAAAAUUAUUUUGAGCCAAAAAUAUGGACAUGUGUCUCUAAUGCAUUUGAGUUGGAUAAAAUUGUUAAGAAAAUCCUUCAAUCCGAAAAGAAUGAUAUAGAACAGUUGCAAAAUGAUCUUAGGAGAAAAGUAGAUGGAAAGAAAUACCUUCUUGUGUUGGAUGAUGUGUGGAAUGAGAAUCGAGAUAAGUGGCUUAGCUUGAAGGACUUGUUGAUGGGUGGUGCGAAAGGAAGCCGAAUACUAAUAACCACUCGUAGUAAAAGUGUUGCAACAAAUUCAGACACAACUAAGUCAUACACCUUAAGGGGUUUGAAUGAAGAGCAAAGUUGGUCCUUAUUUAAGAAAAUGACUUUUGAAGAUGGAAAAGAGCCAGAGAAUUCAACGAUUAAGGUAGUUGGUGAGGAAAUCACAAGAAAAUGUCGGGGAGUUCCACUCGCUAUAAGGACGAUAGGUGGGGUGUUGCGCACCAAGGAUGAUGAAUCAGAAUGGUUGAAUUUCAAAAAUAAAAAACUUUCGAAAAUAAGUCAAGAAGAAAAUAAUAUUUUACCAACACUUAAACUAAGUUAUGAUGUGCUCCCAUCACACUUGAAACAUUGUUUUGCUUAUUGUAGCUUGUUCCCACCUGAUUAUGAGAUCUCUGUGGAGAGAUUGAUUAAACUUUGGGUGGCUCAAGGGUUCAUUAAGUCAUCUGACGAAAACGAGUGUUUGGAGGAUGUUGCGUAUGAAUAUUGCAAGGAAUUGUUGUGCAAAUCUUUUUUUCAAGAAGAAGAAAAAGAUGAGUUUGGUAGAAUACAAAGUUGUAAAAUGCACGAUCUCAUGAAUGAACUUGAUCUAGUGUCGGGCUUUAGUAGCACUAUAGUCGACUUGGAUCGGGUGAAUUUUCAUGAAAAGCUUAGUCAUGUAUCUUUCAAUUUUCAUGUUAAUUUAAAGAAAUGGGAAGUGCCAACGUCUUUGCUAAGAGCAAAUAAGAUACGGACUUUUCUUUUUCUUAGGCAGGGACUUAUGAAUUAUGCAGAGGAGUCAUUAUGUAAUUCACUUUGUACUACAAUUGUUUCAAAUUUUAAGUCAUUACGUAUGUUGAGUCUUAGUGAAUUUGGAAUUAUAACAUUACCCACUUGUCUGAAAAAACUGAAACAUUUAAGAUACCUUGAUCUUAGACAUAAUCACAUCAGGAGACUUCCUGGUUGGAUAGUUGAACUUUCAAAUUUGGAAACACUAGAUCUCUCUGGUUGUAAAUAUCUUGUGGAACUGCCUAGAGGCAUUGAAAAAAUGAUCAACUUAAGGCAUAUCAUCUUGGAAGACUGUGCUAAGUUGACUCGAAUGCCACGUGGAAUUGGUGAAUUGAAUGGUCUUCUUACAUUGGGUAGAUUUGUUUUGAGCAAAAACAAUUCCAUGCUGAGAGGCAGUGCUGGUCUUGGUGAACUGGGGCUUAAUGAAUUAAGGGGAGAGCUACGGAUUAUAAAUUUGAGGCACGAGAAAGAUGUGAUGUCAAAACCAAAUGGUGAUGCACCUCUGGAGGAGAAACAGCAUCUCCGUUCGUUGAGUUUGUCCUGGAAACGUGGAGAAGAUGUAAACGCAGUUGAUGAGAAGGAUCUUAUCAAGUUAAUGGAAGUAUUGAAACCCCAUUCAAAUUUGAAGAAGUUGUCCGUGUCGUAUUAUUGUGGUCUGAGGUUUCCGCGUUGGUUUUCUUCUCUCGAAAACGUUGUUUAUCUCAAAUUGUCUGAGUGUGAGAGAUGCCAAUAUCUUCCACCCUUGGAUCAUUUGCCUUCCCUUAAGUUUCUUCAUCUUUAUAAAUUGGAGAAGUUGGAGUACAUAUCAGACAAUGAGAGGGGUAAUAGUACCAAUAGAUCGAGUGAUGAGAUGUCAUUCUUUCCCUCGCUGGAGGAGCUCUCUAUAUAUGGUUGCCCUGUUCUGAAGGGAUGGUGGAGGGCGCACACUCAUAACAGUGCUUCUUCUUCUUCAUCAUCAACCGAAACGUUCCCGCUCCCUUCGUUUCCUUGUCUUUCUAUAUUGGAUAUUAGGUCGUGUCUUAAUCUAACUUCCAUGCCUCUGUAUCCAAAUGUGGAUAAAAUAGAUCUCAUUUGGACCAGCUCCAAGGUCGUUCCUUCCUUGUUUGUUAGAGGAGCAUCUGAUAUUACACAUGAUGUUGGUGUUGAUGUUUCUGCCUCUUCUUCUUCCCCUCAUCUCUCCAAAUUAACACGUCUGUCACUCCGUGGAAUUGGGGAUUUAGAAUGUACAACGUGGGAAUGGAUCGGAAACGCCACAUCCCUUCAGAAGCUUUCAAUUUUUUGUUGUGAUGGUUUGGUAUCACUGCCAGAAGGAAUAAGCAACCUCGCAUCCCUUCAGGAGCUUAGAAUUGAAUAUUGCUCUGGUUUGGUAUCACUGCCAGAAGGAAUAAGCAACCUCACAUCCCUUCAGGAGCUUACAAUUAGUCAUUGCGAUGCUUUGGUGUCACUGCCAGAAGGAAUAAGCAACCUCUCGUCCCUUCAGGAGCUUGGAAUUGAAUAUUGCUCUGGUUUGGUAUCACUGCCAGAAGGAAUAAGCAACCUCACAUCCCUUCAAAAGCUUACAAUUAGAAAUUGCUCUGGCUUGGUAUCACUGCCAGAAGGAAUAAGCAACCUCACAUCUCUUCAGAAUUUUAUAAUUUGGGAUUGCUCUGGUUUGGUGUCACUGUCAGAAGGAAUAAGCAAUCGCAUAUCACGUUAGAAGCUUACAAUUGGAUGUUCCUCACAUCUCAAUCAUUCGUAUUUACGCCCAUUGUUAAGAUGACAUAGCAUGUGGAUCAAAGAUUUCGUCCCCACUUAGAACAUCUUAUGCUUUCUGAUUGAGCAACACUGGUUUCACAGCAAAGUGGUAUGCAUUCCAUUACCUACUCAUCCCACUGACUUCAAUUAUUUUCUUAAUUUCUUUUUUUUUUUUCUUUUUUUUUUGAAGUAACAUCUUAUUUACAUUAAUAAUUUCGACUCAAAUGAAUCCCACAUUGAUAGGAGAAAGAACCUUGCAUAAGCUUAUAAGUAAGUUGAGUUACUCCCGAAUUCAUAUUGCCAAUUGGUUUUAUUUGGAACUUUCAACUUCCUUCACAUUUUGCAAUAUGGUGUUGUGCAGAUUCAGAACAAUCUUCAAAACUUCUCUUCAUUUUACAUCUAUUUUUUCAACGUUUUCUAAAUACCCCUCUUACUCUCCCUACUUGUCCUUUUCAGGUACUACGUACUAUGAGAAAUUAGUUUUUUAGAUCACUACUAUUAUAGCUAUCAAGCA